AUGAAAAGAAUCCUUUUACCUAACAAUCUAAAGGUAGAAAACAUUCUUGAUGCAGAAAUUGUUGAUAUGUUCAGCCCAUACUACCAGAUUUCCGAACUUAUCUGGAACAUUUCAGAUGAUAAACAAUUAAUUAUGGAAUCUGCGGAUAACAUCAAUUAUAUUGUAAAUAAUUACAAUAUUUCAAAGAUAUUUGUCAUCGAUACGUUUAACACAGUCUCCGUUAAGAGAGAGAAAUCACGUGCCGCACUGGCAGAACUUUAUGCAAGUUUGAAUUGGAAAAGUGACAAAUUCAAAUUCACUUCUUAUUUAGGAGUCCUUUUAAAGGAAAAAGGACUUAUAUCAAAAGAAUAUCAAACAAUUACUCCUCAGUAA